CUAAACAAGUUGUCGUGUUUAUAGCAUAUAAAUUAUUUUAAAUAAAUAAAUAUGUACGUAAAAGUGCCUGAAGUGCGAAAAUGCUGUUUUUGUGUUCCUUUACGCCAUGGAAUCAUUACAUUUGGUGUCAUUAAUACCUUGCUAACGAUGAUAGCUUCUGGCUGCAUGCUGGUCACCACACAGCUGCACAAGCCGACUGCCCAUGGUUCCUCCCUGGAAGAGAUCACAUCGGCUAUCCUCUUUGGGAUAUUGGGGAUGAGCAUUAUUCUUAACAUCCUGCUGCUUGUGGCAGGACUCCAGAAAGACGUAACCAUGUUGAGAUUAUACAAUUGCUAUAUGAUAGGGACCGCCCUCGCCGCACUCGUUCCCGCUUGCGUCCUUAUGACUAGAAUGAGGACUCUAGAAGUGUGUGAAGCCUUCUCAAUUAUACUAAUGCAAUGUUACAUCAUCGUGCUCGUGAGAAGCGAGAUCGUCAAGCUGGAGAAGAAGGCGCAUGGUGAAGAAGCACCGUCACCCGCGGACAACCAGACUGUAGACGUGCCGGAUACAGACGUCCUCAUUUACAGUAUUUAGUUCCGUAUCGGCUAGAUUUUGUUUUUAUAUUACCAGUACCAAACGAUUUUGUAACUGUUAAUUAGUUUUUGGGAAAACUGUUACCUAUAUAAGCCUAAGCACGUAUUUUAUUAUACCUACUGCCAUUAGCUCUGUCCACCCCGUAAGGGGCAAAGACGUGGUACGUACGUUAACUAUGGCGGUAUUCUUUUGACAUCAAGCACCGGCAUUGUAUAGUAAUGACAGUAAAUUAUUAAAAUAUUUUCAUAUUUUCACGUGUGGUGCCCAGGUGGAUGCCCUCAGGACGCCGAGUCGUGACUUACUCCGACUGGACCAUUGUAAGGAUACUUAUUGAAAUCUUAAAAUUGGAGUAUCUACAUAAAAGAAGCGGCAACAAAAGAUUUUUGUAAUUGGGAAAUUAGCAAUGACUGAAACUGAUUUCUUACAAAGUUUGCAAAGAAACAAAGCGGUGUGCAUAAUGUAAUUUUGGUCAAAAGUUUCAUCACGUUUUGCAAUGUUUAAAGGUAAUUGGCAUUUCUCAGAAAAUAUGUGUAAGGUGUGUUAACAUAUUGUUCUAAUAUAAUGUUCGCUAAUUCAAUUUCAUAGCCGUCGUUUAAGUAAUUAAGUACAAUAACUGAUCAAAAGUUCAUGAAGGGAGCAAGAUUUAGGCCCAUCAACAGGAUAAGUUAUAGAUCAAGGAAGCAUUUUCUUUAUAUUCAAGUUAGGUAAGCCUAUUACGACAUUCACAGGGACCGUACAACACAUUCUCUAUCUUAAUCUAAAUAUAUAAAAGAAGAAAGUGACUGACAUAUCUACGCACACUUGAACUUUGGCGUGUAAGUUUUUCAUGUGGUCUAGUGGUGCACUAAGAGAGGUUUUCCCGAAAUUUCCAUGGGAACGCAAAUUAUAGUGGUUUUAGUUACGUGAGCGGAGCUGCGGGUGUCCUCUAGUGUACGAUAAAUCAAAAACAAUAAUAUUUUCAUACAAUUUAUUGACACAUAAAUUUAAUGCAUUAUUUUUCCAAACGGUUUGAGGCUUUUCGCUUGUCAUUAAGCAUCAUGCUACAGUUCCUGAAACAAAGAAAUAUAUGUGUUAGUAUCACCUUAUUAAAUUAAAUUUUAUUUACCUAACAAAUACUACUAAAUACUACAUAAAUAUACAAAAAUAAAUAUAACAAAUUAAUUUGAACU